AACAUCAAAAUGCCCCUUAAUAAUGAAAUUGUUGCGCUACUUUGUUCUCGUAUGCCUGCGGGACAAUGUCACCAUCAAAGCUAAGCACAUUCCUGGCGUUCAGAAUAACAUCGCAGAUGCACUGUCCCGUUCACAGAUGGCAAGGUUCAGACAGCUGGUCCCUUCUGCGGCUCACGCAGGGUUGGAAAUACCCAGUUUUCUCUGGCAGCUUUGAAUGCUGAGGCCGAGCAACUCCUAGGGGCAUCUCUAUCUAGGAGCACCUGGGUGAGCUACGAUAGAGGGGUGACCAUGUUUCAGCAAUUUCGCCUUGAAGUUGGGUUACAACCAUCAUGGCCUGCUCCAAAUGAGCAUGUGGCUGCUUUCAUUGCGUUUCUUUCCUUAAAAGGAAUGGCACCACCCACAAUUACUUCUUAUAUUUCGGCAGUGGCAUUUGUUCACAAGUUGAAGGGAUGGGCAGAUCCCUCCCAAAAUUUUAUAGUACAGAAACUCAGAGAAGGUUGCCGCAGGCGGAAUCAACAGUCUGACACUAGACGCCCCAUCACUUUAGAUUUGUUAGAAAAAAUUUGUCAUGUCACAGGGUCAAUCGCGAAAUCGAAUUUGGAGGCUUCCCUGUUUCGCGCAGCAUUUGUGCUGGCCUUUUUUGGGUUUUUCCGAGUGGGGGAACUGACUGCAGCUAGCAUGCAGACAGAUUGCUCACAGAUCUUGGGAGUGGGCGAUGUGUGGUUUGUGGGGCAUGACCAGCCGGUGAUGCUGGUCAGACUCAGGUAUUCGAAAACUGACCAACAAGGUAACUCGGUGACAUUAAAAUUCUGCCCCCACACAAACGCGCAAAUUUGUCCAGUGCGCUCGGUAACUCACUACUUAACAUUGCGCCCGCCCUUGGGCCACUGCCUGUUUGUGCAUGCAGACGGCACCCCCUUAACGGCAUACCAAUUUCGCCACAUGCUCAAAAAGUGUCUGGAAAUCCUGGGAGUGCCCACUUCUGGUUUUAGUGGCCACAGUUUCCGCAUUGGGGCUGCCACUUCGGCAGCCUUACAGGGCAUGUCAAUUCCUGACAUCCAAUCUGCGGGCCGGUGGAGAUCAGCAGCAGUAAAUAGUUACAUUCGGCCAGAUAAAGUUUGAUCCAUACCCGUGAUAUGCCAAAAGUAGGCCUCUCCCUAUUAAUUACAACUACCAUACUUGUUGCUGGUUGUGUUUCUUUUAUUUAUCCAAUACAGGGGUGGUAAGGACUUGGGUGAUAGGUGACAGCAUAGUGUACUGGGCAGGGAAGGCCGUGUCCAGGGGCUCUCCAUCACACCACAUCCAAUGGUUCGGCAUCCGAGGAGCUCGUUUGGCAGAGUUAAUCCCCACUCUCAAUAGGUUAUUAAAAUCAGGGCCUGCACCUCACGCCCUCGUCAUUCAUCUAGGCACAAAUGAUCUGUUCUCCUCACCAAUAAACGAAAUCCGGGAAAAAAUUGAGGAGGGCCUCCUGAAAACCCGCAGUCUGUUGC